CAUGAAGAUCCUCUCCUUGGUCCUCAUCAGUUUGACUAUCCUAAGCUGUGUUUACACUGCUAUCAUUACUGGGGCUUGCAACAGGGAUCGGGAGUGCAGGCAAGGACACUGCUGUGCUGCUAGCCUGUGGCUUAGGGGCCUCCGAGUGUGCACACCGAUGGGUGAAGAAGGCGAUAAAUGCCAUCCUUUGAGUCGCAAAGUCCCAUACUUUGGGGAGCGCAGACAUCACCUCUGCCCUUGCUUGCCGAAUCUUGCAUGUAUCAACCUUUCAAAUGGACAAUACAAAUGUUCACCGGCGUUCAAUUACGAAGGCAUCAAAAUUGAAGACGUCCAUCCAGUCGUGCUGCUUAGCCUCCUCGUUGCUCUGAACGAGUCAUUGUUCAGAGAUGGCGACGACAGGGCUCACCUGACAGCUCAGCGAGUUGACUUCAGAGAACAGCUGAGCCGUGCAGACAAAGAAGAUUUUCAGGUCAAAUUCUCAGUCUUUGCUGAACUAGUUAAUCUUGCCAUGGAGGUGCUAGCCGGGAUGCUAUUGCUUUCGAUGCCCUAG